AUGACUUCCGCACUCAUCUACGCCCUGACUCUGAUCUUCGUGCUGGCUGCGGCCGGCGGUGGACUGGGGGAUCUCGACUUGGACCUGGACUACUCCAACGAGUAUGACGAUGUGCGGCCCCAUCUGGUGUACCCGGACGAGCCGCGGCUGGACAAUCAGAUCAGCAAUGCGGCACAGCAGUUCGGGCAGAGCAUUCGAAAUGCCUGGCAGUCGAUGGUAGACUCCGCCCGCAGCUACAUCGAGGAGCUCUCGAAUCUGUUCAGCGAUGGACGCCGGCCCAAUGACGGCCACGCGGUGUUCUCCACAGAUGAUGCCUAGGAGGAGGAGGCGCUCUCGGAUCUGCUUGUUUUUCGCUCAAUAAAUUCUGCUGAUGGCUAAUGGCUAAU